ACGCAGUACUCCUUCAAGAAGGUGUUCUGCAUUAAGACGUCCCAGAUGGAGUUGUUUCAGGAUGUUGCCAAGCCCCUCGUGGAUGACCUCAUUCACAGUAAAAAUGGUUUGCUGUUUACCUACGGGGUGACAGGCAGUGGAAAGACCUUCACUAUGACUGGGUCUCCAGGACAAGGGGGGCUCCUGCCCCGCUCCCUAGACAUGAUCUUCAACAGCGUCGGCCCUUACCAGGCCAAACGAUUCGUGUUAAAGACAGAUGAUAAGAAUGGUAUGGAGGUCCAGAAUCAGGUGGAUGCUCUGUUGGAGCGCCAGAAGAGGGAAAACCAGCCAUCUGUUGUCCCUAAAACACCCUCCAGGCAGAGGCUGGACCCAGAGUUUGCAGACAUGAUCAACCCAGAGGAGGCCUGCAGGGCGGACGGGGUGGACGAGGACAGUAGCUACAGUGUGUUUGUGUCCUACAUCGAGAUAUACAAUAACUAUAUCUAUGAUCUGCUGGAAGACGCCCCCUAUGACCCCAUCAAACCCAAGUGGAAUGGAGGAGGUACUCCUCAGAGGCAGCCCAACCAAGAGUUCAUACCGCCCCAGUCUAAGCUCCUAAGAGAGGACCAGAACCACAACAUGUAUGUGGCCGGCUGCACCGAGGUAGAGGUUAAGUCUACAGAAGAGGCCUUUGAAGUGUUCUGGAGAGGACAGAAGAAGAGGCGUAUAGCCAACACUCAGCUCAACAGAGAGUCCAGCCGCUCCCACAGUGUCUUCAUCAUCAAACUGGCCCAGGCCCCUCUAGAUGCAGAUGGGGACAACAUCUUACAGGAUAAGAACCAGGUGAGCGUCAGUCAGCUGUGCCUGGUUGACUUGGCGGGGAGUGAGCGCACAAGCAGGACCCGGGCUGAGGGCAGCCGCCUCAGAGAAGCAGGUAACAUCAACCAGUCGCUCAUGACUUUGAGGACGUGUAUCGAAGUGCUUCGGGAGAAUCAAAUGUGUGGCACAAACAAGAUGGUUCCAUACCGUGACUCCAAGGUGACUCACUUGUUCAAGAACUACUUUGACGGGGAGGGUAAAGUACGGAUGGUUGUAUGUGUCAAUCCUAAAGCCGACGACUACGAAGAAACCAUGCUGGUGAUGCGUUUUGCUGAGAUGACCCAGGAGGUGGAGGUAGCCAGGCCCGUGGACAGGCCCAUCUGUGGCUUAGCUGCUGGGCGCCGGCAGAAAAACCAAGCUUUCAAAGACGAGUUGUCGAGACGCCUGGAGGAACGAGGAGGUCCUGUCAAUACAGAAUCCACCCAGUCAGUGAUGCACCAACUGCUCCAGAACCUUCCCCCUCUGCCUGCCAGCGAGAUCACGGACCCCCAUGAUGACGUCACUCUGCCCCGCCUCAUAGAGGUGCUGGAGAAGAGACACAAGAUCAGGCAGAUGAUGACCCAGGAGUACAACAGGGCUGCCGACAUGUUGAAGUCCAUGCUCCAGGAGCUGGACAGUAGCCUGGUCUCCAAGGAGAACUUGAUCCAGGGCCAGCGAGGUCAACUGGGGGAGAAGGACAAGACCCUUCAUAGCCAGAAGACUGAGAUUGACCGUCUGGAGAAGAAGUCCAAGAUGCUGGAGUACAAGGUAAACACAAUGAAAUAG